CCCGGGGCUCGGAUGGGGCUUCGGACAAUGGUGCCGGCCGCCUUUUGUGCCGCCCCGGGGCGGUGGCGGCCCUUCCGCCGGGGCUCGGGGCUGCCCUGCCCUCGCCCCGCCGUGCCGCUGCCGCACACGGGGCCUGUGCCGGUGCCUGGGACCGCUCCCACGCUCUGCUGAGCCUUCUUACGGUGUGCUGGGCUGGCCCGUUUUGUUCCCUGUCCUACCGUGUAUCAACGCAUUUUUUCUUUUCAGUUUUUAUGUUUUAUUUUCAAAUGCUGGUAGGCGCAUCAGUAAUGGUCUGCUGGGCGUCUCCGUCUAAAUGGGGGAGGAGUGCGGUGCUCGACUAUGAGAAGACACAGAAAUGAAGUUACAAUUGAAUUGCGGAAGAACAAAAGAGAUGAACAUCUUUUGAAAAAAAGAAAUGUUCCUCAAGAGGAAAGCUUAGAAGAUUCUGAUGUUGAUGCUGACUUCAAAGCACAAAAUGUAACACUAGAAGCUAUACUGCAGAACGCCACAAGUGACAACCCAGUGAUCCAACUGAGUGCUGUCCAAGCUGCAAGAAAACUCCUAUCCAGUGACAGAAAUCCACCUAUUGAUGACUUAAUAAAAUCUGGAAUUUUACCAAUUCUGGUAAAAUGCCUAGAAAGGGAUGAUAAUCCUUCAUUACAAUUUGAAGCUGCAUGGGCAUUGACUAACAUAGCGUCAGGCACUUCUGCACAGACUCAAGCUGUUGUACAGUCGAAUGCAGUACCCCUCUUUUUGAGACUACUUCAUUCACCACACCAGAAUGUUUGUGAGCAAGCUGUCUGGGCUCUCGGAAAUAUUAUAGGUGAUGGUCCUCAGUGUAGAGAUUAUGUCAUAUCACUGGGAGUUGUCAAACCUCUUCUGUCCUUCAUCAAUCCCUCCAUUCCCAUCACCUUCCUUCGGAACGUCACAUGGGUCAUUGUAAAUCUCUGCAGGAAUAAGGACCCCCCACCGCCUAUGGAGACAGUUCAGGAGAUUUUGCCAGCAUUGUGUGUUCUCAUUUACCAUACAGAUAUAAACAUUCUUGUGGACACUGUUUGGGCUUUGUCCUACUUAACAGAUGGUGGAAAUGAACAGAUACAAAUGGUGAUUGAUUCAGGAGUUGUACCUUUUCUAGUUCCCCUUCUGAGUCAUCAGGAGGUUAAAGUUCAAACAGCAGCACUGAGAGCAGUAGGCAACAUAGUAACUGGUACUGAUGAGCAGACACAAGUUGUUCUCAAUUGUGAUGUUUUGUCUUAUUUCCCACAUCUCCUGACGCAUCCAAAAGAGAAGAUAAACAAGGAAGCAGUUUGGUUCCUUUCCAAUAUCACAGCAGGAAACCAGCAACAAGUUCAGGCUGUAAUAGAUGCUGGGCUAAUCCCCAUGAUCAUACACCAGCUGGCUAAGGGGGACUUUGGGACACAAAAGGAAGCUGCUUGGGCAAUUAGCAAUUUGACAAUAAGUGGGAGAAAAGAUCAGGUUGAAUACCUUGUACAACAAAAUGUAAUCCCACCGUUCUGCAAUCUACUCUCAGUAAAGGAUUCUCAAGUGGUACAGGUUGUGCUGGAUGGCCUGAAAAACAUCCUGAUAAUGGCUGGUGAUGAGGCUAGCACAAUAGCUGAAAUUAUAGAGGAGUGUGGAGGGCUAGAGAAAAUUGAAGCCUUGCAACAGCACGAGAAUGAAGACAUUUAUAAACUAGCAUUUGAAAUUAUAGAUCAAUAUUUCUCUGGUGAUGAUAUCGAUGAAGACCCCAGUCUCAUUCCUGAAGCCACUCAAGGAGGUACUUACAACUUCGACCCAACGGCCAACCUUCAAACAAAAGAAUUUAAUUUUUAAGUUCAAAAAAAGUGCAGCUUCUCUUGUCCCACACCAGUACGAAGCACCACCAGAUGGCUACCAAGUGAAGAAACAAAAGGCUCCAAGACACACAUGCCUCUUCGUUUUGAUGCUUCUAAAGCAAGCCAUGUAUUGGUCACUUUGCAGUUGCCAAACAUCACUAUCACAUGGACUGUAAAUGCAUAUGCAUGAUCUCUUAAACUGUUUCAGAAUUCUUUUUAACAGUCCCAACUACCUUUUUUUGCCUUUUUCCUGGUGCCACAUGCUGACAACCGCAAUCUGCAGUUUUGUUAAGAAUAUUCCAUAGUGGUGGCACAUUGGCUUUCCACGGAAAAGUAGCUUCUUUGGAAAAUGGUGCGCUGUGGAUCAAGACACUUUGGUAUGAUGCAUACAUUUUGGAAGACUUUACAGGGGCCCAGUUUGCUCUGAGCCUCCAUCAUCGUCCUCCACAAACAUAUUUUCAUAAACUUUAUGUGGAAGAAUAGAUUCAAAAAUGCAAGCCAAAUGAAUUUCAUUGGUGAAACUGAAAUAAAAGUAACUUAUAAAAACACAACAGUUGGCAAUUGAUUAAACACUUAAGUUUAAAAGAAACAAAAAAACUACUUCAGCUAUCAGUAAUUGAUGUGUGUUCAUUAACUGCCUCAGAAACCAGGGUUGGAGAAUGAACUGUAGAUUUGGACUGGUAAAGCUUUUGCCAUUAUACCUAAUUUUUGAGAACAGCGAGCCCUAUUUGACCACUCACUUCAGCCUGUGUGUUCCUGCUGUUUUGAAGUAAUCAAAUGCUGUGCAUGGUAUUUUACCUGAGCUACAACCUGUUAUGGACUUGAACUUCUGUUUAAGCUGAAAGCAAGAGUCCCAGACUGUAGAAAAAAAAUUCUGUCCAAAAAAUGUAUUAGUUAAAAAGAAUCUUGCUUUCAACUUUCAGUAGUCAAUAUCUUCUGUUUUAAAUUGAUAAUUGGAUAUGGUUGAUUUAUAUUGGGUUUAAACUGUGGAGCUUUCAUGUUUACUGUAAUUUAGUCUUAAACUAUUUUUUACUAGUAACCAGUGCUUAUGAUGAUGUGGUUGGCAACAAACCAGCAACUACUUAGAAGCGUCAUAAAAGCUUCAUUCUUGGAGUAUUGGAAGAAUAAUUCACAAGUUAGUCUCAAAUCUUAUUCAUGUGAUUAAAAACAUCCAAACUGGUUGAUGUGUGAGGCUGUAUCGAAGCUGCCAUUACUCAGCGUAAACCUGAUGUGCAGCGCACAUUAAAUAACUUUAUAUGAGGUAUGUGAAGUCAUUGCUUUUGGAAAAUCGCCUGACCCAGUCACUUUCAAAGGGAUAUUGGCAUUGCUGGGGCGAAGAUCGGUAAUUUUGAAAUUCUGUAAGCUAUCACACAAACUGGUUUUGUUGCUGUUGUUUACUGGGUGUAAUUUCCCAAUGCAUUGAUGUGAAGGGAUAGAAAAAUCUAAACUAAUUUAGUUAUUGGAUGUGGGUUGUAUUUACUGUGAUGAAGAUAAGGACAGAUGCCAUCAGAGCUUUGUGGAUCAGCUGUUUUUCCACUGAUGAACAACACAUAGCAGGUGUGCAUUCAUUAAAUAUAUAUCUGCCAAGGUGGAGCCACUUUAAAGAGUGAGUUGUCUUGUAUCUCAGCUGGAUACAAGCGUAUGUUUAAACUGCAAGAUUUUUACUUGCUAGAUAAUCUGUUUUAAUAUAGUGGUUUGGCCUCUGAUUAUUUAUAGGUUUUAUAAAUUUUAGAAUCAAUUUCUCUUUAAGGUGGCUCAGAUUUUUCAACUCUUGUGCACAUAAAAUUGAGUUGAAGUUCAUUGUGCCUUUUUUCUUUUCCCAGAAGUUGAGUUGAAGCUUCAUAUGGUAACUGCAUCCUAUUCACACACUAUAGUCUAAAAUCUUGAAACUGUGUGGUGUUCGCUAAAAAACUAAACAAUAAAAAGUCAAAGUUAGGUAAGGUCACAAAGUUUUUGUGAAAUUAGAGUUCCAGCAGAUGUCAUUGUGAACAAAUAUUUCCCUCCUUCUAAUUCAGUCUAGUCUCCUGAACGCCAUAUAGACUGAUGCAUACCCAGUUCAGCCUACACUCACUGUUAUUCUAGAGAUUACGUACAAAUUGAUACUGAAACAACAGUUUUUCUCUACUGUAAAGAUUCGAUCCUUUUCUUGCACUCAAUGCAUUACAAUAAAAGUGAACAUCAGAGAACUGGGUAAGGCAGAACAAAGUGCUUGCUCAGUUCUUUCUGCUGUGACCUUAUCAGCUUUUGAUUGGGAUUGCACCAUUUCAUAGUUAAUAAAGGAAACAAAGUAUAUUGCUGCACUUUUACGUUUUCAGAACAGUGUUUAAAAUUGCAUUGUUUUUAUUAUUUUUUUAAACUAUCAGUUAAAAUAGACUAAAACGUUCUUUCAAAGAGGCAUCUAAAUGUGUUCCUAAUUUUGUAUAUGGGCUUAGGUUUUGUAACCAAUAAAAAGCUGCUAUCAAAUACUAUAAAACAUUCAAGAACUUAUUUUGAAGGUUAUGGAACUGCUUUAGUCUUCAUGGAUUGACUUAGGGGUUUUUGUCUUUGACUAGAUAUUAGUUAGCAGAACUCCGCAUCAAAGUUCGAAGUAUGUUACAAGUAUGAAUAAAGUAAGCUAAUGCAGUCAUCUCUGAAA